AUGCAUUCCAUUGCUGAGGUGACAGCAAAAGAAUUGAAGUUACCAUUCCUUGUCACUAAUUCUUAUGCUCCCCAGCGUUUCAUGAGCAGUAGCUAUUUGUCACUAACAAAUCUUCAGAGAAGCUAUGAAGCUUAUGCUGAAACAUUCAAAGACCACCACAAUAAACCUGAUAUCCUGUACAAGUUGUGUGGCAAUGAUUUUGUUUACGAUUUAUGUGGCUUGAUCGACCUCCUGUGGCCUUUGGUUGUCCUAAUGCUGAAAGCACAACAAGAAUGGUGCCCAGGCUGGAAGUUUGUAGCAUAUAUGUGAAGCGGGUCAAAGCGUAGCUUAAACGAUUCGAGAAAGAGGUUGCAAAACCGAAGCCAGAAAAAUCGAUUUGCCUGUUGCUUCAUAAGCACGCAAAAGAUAUAGAGCAGUUCAAAUAUGGUACAACUGUGUUGGUGCGCAGGUGGAUACUACAAGACAAGAAUGGUCGUCCAAAAGAUGAUGGUGACAAUGACGAUGAUUGUGACAAUGACGAUGAUGGUGGUGGUCGUUAUAAGCUGAUAGCACGAGAACCUGAAGAUUGCACAAAAGAUCUAAAGUCGUUGGCUGCUGGUAUGAUCAAUGAGCUAGAUGAACGAUACAAGAAUUGUUCUCCGAAAAUCAAUGAUUUACUCCAUGUUUGCCUUGAUUUGGUGUUUUGCUCCCUGGCCUUUCAGGAACAAGAGAUAACCCAGCUAAGGUACCUGUCAACAAGAAUAAGUUUGCGAAAAUUGGUGCAAACGAAUUCCGUAGAGUGGUAGGCUUCAUUGGUCGUCUCCCACAUGUUUCUGCCUUGAAUCUGAGCCUCUGUGAAGAAACUAGCAGCACUGGUAGUGGUAGAAAAACAGGAAAUGGACGGCGGGCAGAGCUUAGAAGUUCUGAGCAACCGUGUGAAAGGGCGUUGACUGGUGUUUCCCACCCAUCUUACAGUGUGAAAGGGCGUUGA